GCCGCCACACGCGCGCCAUGGACGACCGCGCGCGGGACCGGGCCCCGCUCACCGUCAUCGUCGCCCCCAGCAACGCUUCCCCCCCGCGCCUCUCCCCAGCCGACCUCCUCCCUGAUGGAGACGCUGCUUUUCACCCGCUGUCCGUCGUCAAUGGACGACUUACCCCACCCGGAUUAGAACCAGCGUCAUACGCAACACUAACCCCCUUACUACCUUUACCACCUAUCAGCACCGUCUCAGACAAAUUCGCGUACCAUGCAGGAGGAACAUUCACAGUCAUACAACAGCAGCAAUCUUAUGCGUCGUUAUCACCAGCGCCGUACAAUGAACCAUUAUCUCCACAAUCAGCUUACAGUAGAAGAAGCGCGUCACCAAAUUCUUUCGAAAGACGCUCACCAACGCCACCUUUACCGAGUCCAGGAUUAGAUUUAAACGCUGCUUUAUUAGCGAGAGAAGAGCAGCAGGCAGCUCAACAGCAACAGGCACAAAAUGACACGGAAGAAAUUAAUACUAAAGAGCUAGCUCAAAGAAUAAGUGGAGAGUUGAAACGCUACUCAAUCCCUCAAGCAAUCUUCGCUCAGAGAGUCUUAUGCAGGUCGCAAGGGACGUUGAGCGAUCUUCUUAGGAACCCGAAGCCGUGGUCGAAGUUGAAAUCGGGACGGGAGACGUUUAGAAGGAUGUGGAAAUGGCUACAGGAGCCGGAGUUCCAGAGAAUGUCGGCGCUCAGGCUUGCAGCGGCCCAGAUUCCUCAGAGAGGCAGCUGCAAGCGCAAGGAGGAGCUGGUGUCGGAUACGCUCCCUUCCCCGAAGAAGCCCCGUUUGGUUUUCACAGACCUCCAGCGGCGUACUCUACAGGCUAUUUUUAAGGAAACAAAGCGGCCCUCAAAAGAAAUGCAGGUGACAAUAGCGCGCCAACUCGGCUUAGAGCCCACCACCGUCGGCAAUUUCUUCAUGAACGCGCGCCGGCGAUCAAUGGACAAGUGGAAAGACGACGACGCACCAUCAACAGACCUCGAUCAACAGCUAGACCAGGACAUGGACCAUGUUCCCAGUCUAGAUUCAGCAGAGUCGGAUGAUGAACAUGACGAACAGGAUGAUCACCUCUUGUGACGCCGAUUACCUCACCAUCUGUUAGUGCUAUGAGAGAUUGGAGUUGUCUUUGAUGCUGCGAUUGCAGGGUAGGGGUUCUUUACACGGUAUUAUUUUUUGAAAUGAUUACAGUAGAGAUUUAUCAAGUAUAAUAUGAUUUCAAAAGCGAUGGAUGUUUUGAAACCGUGAAUAAAAUUGUAUCUGUAGUUUUGUACUUAAUACCACGAGCUAUUAAAUUUCAUAAUUUGUUAUUGUUCAAUAUUUACCGCAAGAUAUCUAACUUAUCAAAAUAUUAAAUGAUGUAUUACUACUGGUCCUCUUUCAUAAACAUAAUAUCGUGUGAAAUAUUUAUUUAUGUUCAGUUUUAAAUGACUGAAAUCAAAAUGAGUGGCCGUCGUGACUUACAUAGGAUAAAUGACAAUGGCAACAAAAGUCGUAAGUUCUAUUGUUAGAUUAAUGUUUUAUGAUAAUACAUGCAAAAAAGUUGUGAAUUUAACACUAUUGUAAAAAAUUAAAUUGAGUCAUAAUGCAAAAGAAAGGUCUCUAUUAAACAUUUUUGUUAAUUGUAAAACUAAUUUUUGUGUAUUCCUAUCGCAUCUUCGACAACUUCAAACUGAAAAUGUACAGUUAAAGCUAAGAACUAUUUUGACGCGCAUUUAGUUAAAGGUCGGUGUUGGAUUUCUUUAGGCGAUCAUAACGGCAUUUAUUUCACCCUGAGGUCGAAAUGAAUUCUAGUGCUUGCCUUUUGGUUUGAGUACCGCACCACCAUAAAGUCUUUCUUUUUUGUUUUAAACGAGUCUGAAGUCAAGAUAAAAUAGCAAUAUUACCUGGUAGAUAGGAUAGUAAAGGGUUCCGAGGUAGGUCGCCUAAAGAACGCAAAGGAUAAUAUUAUGAUCUCUAAUGUCAGACGUUUCUAGUCAAACGUAUUCAACUAGUUAUUAUAAGUUCUAAUAUAAUUCUGCAGUAAUUUUAGCCAAAAUGUGUAUUUUUAUUUAUGUUGUAGAACUAAACAAACUUGGUCACUUGGAUAGACUAUAAUACCAUGAUUUUUAUAGUAAGAAUAAUAGAAUAUGUCGAUUUCUUUGAAUGUGAAACUAAGUAUAGCAAGAACAGGUACAGUUUACCCAAUUUUUUAUUUUAUUUAAGUGACGGGAUAGUUUUUUAUUUAUUAAAUUGGAAACAAUAGUGUGUUCAAGUGACAUACUAAGCUUCAAAUAGUAAAUAGAAACAAUACGCAAAAACUACACCAAAAAUAUGGAGCUAGUAUUUUUGUAGUUGUACAGCGACAUCUAAUGACAAUUAGCAAAAAUAUCCGAUUAAAUCGGAUCUGAAUAGACAAAACACUUAAGUUAUUUAGUAUAAAUAGACACUCGCAUUUCAUCGCAUAAUGUUUAACAUAUUUUAAUGUAUUAAAAAACAGGAAUAAAAAUGCCCCACCAAAUUUUUUUCAAUUAAAUUGUAAAUUUCUAUCAGAAAUCGCUUUGGAACAUGCUUUUGAAGAUGGAAGCUUUUCACUAAAUUUCGUCAGAAAAUAUAAAUAAUUUUUGAUUCAUAAAAAAAUGUAAGAGUUUAACUGCGUUAGUUUUUAGUUGAUGGAUGCGAGUGUCGAAAAGCUCAUUAUUAAUAAUUGUUUCUCUAGUCACGAGAUCUCGAUCAACAUUCCACUGCGUCAAAGACAAAACGUCAGGCAGCGUGAUAUUACUUAAAUUAUAAAAAAUAACUAGUCAUAAACAUUCGUGUAAGAAAAACUUCUCGAUCCUCUUAAGUCCCAACGUCCCUUUAAAAAGACAAAAUGUAAUCGAAUUUUCAACUUUAAUGAAAUUAUAGGAGGUUCCAAGUUCCAAGUUCAGAACUGUAGAAAAAUGACUCUGGGAUUUAGGAGGUUGAAACUAAAGAGAAAUUGAAAAACCUAGUCCGAGUUGUGCAAAGUAGGAAAUAGAUAAAUAAAUAUCAGUAAAGCUUAAUGUAUGUUUUGUAACAAAAUAAGACUCUUAUGACGUACUUAAACAUCUUUUCCAAAAAAUAACAACUUAUUGCAAUAAUAAUUUUACAAGAACCAUCUUUUCAAAAUAAUAAAUAAACUUAUUGCAAUAAUGUUGCAAAAAGUAAUUUUAAGAUUAUUUACAUUGUUUAAUUUAAGUCGUAAUUUAAUUUUAAAUAACUUAUUUAUUUGGUUAAGCUAAAUGACUUUGUACCUUUUACCACCAAAGAGUUAAUAGUGAUGUGCAAUUUUCAUGUUAUUAUUAAAAGAGAAAUAAUUUGUUUAAAAGAUGUUCGAAGAUGAGUAGAAUAAUAAUAAAUCGAUGUCUUUUAUGGACAAAUUGUGUCUCGACACUUAUAAAUAAACAUUUAUUAUUUUAUUUAUGAUAGUAAUAAAAAGCGCAUUUUUUGUUUUGUAUUUAAUGAAAUGCGCACAAUAAGUAUUAUUAAUAAUUAUUGUAAUGAAAAGAACUGUUGCAGGUAGUGUUUUCGGGAUUAUUUCGGUACAGAAUGGAUAUUUUUGUCGAUAUAUAGUGCGCUUUCAAAUGUACAUAGUACGUGAACAUAAUGUUAAGAUUAAAUGUACAUUUUACAAAGAG